CUGACCUGACCAGUUAGCACGUAAAAUACAAAGAAAGGUUAUUAGUUAUACAUAAUGACUUUUUUUUUUUCUUCUUCUUCUUCUUCUUCUUUUUUUUUUUUGGAUAGUAUAAACAUAUUAUAAAUGUUGGUUCCACGUGCAUGGGAGAUUUCAUACAUUUUAAUGUAGCAACUAUAUUACAAAAUGUUAACAUCAUAACCAAUGGAACUUGAAUUGUUAUCAGGCAACCAUAAAGCCGCGGCACAAUCCAGGGGAGGUAAAUCACUAUAAUGUCCUUACUGCUUUUUCGUAGUGCUACGAUUUCGCCCAACGUUUGUCGAUGUUCAAGGAUUUUAAGACAACAACACAGAUUUUUCGGUGGCUUAAACUCAUGCUGUAGAAAUUUACUAAAACCUCCAUCACAGUUCGUGCCUAGGAGUCAUUUGAAAUACUCUCCUAGAUAUGUGGCACCAAAAUCUUUUCAGAAAGUUUUCAUCACAAGUUCAAAUUUGUUUAGAAAGAUAUUUGCCAGGAAAGUUGGAAAGAGGACAUGUUUCCACCCUGGUGCCACAACACUUUCUCCCAAUGAGCUCGCAAAUGGGGGCAGCGACAUUCGAUCCUGGGAUAUAAUCCGAGCCAUGAUGUCAUACAUCUGGCCAAAGGACAAUAAGGGCAUCAAGAUACGUGUUGUCAUUGCCAUCGGUCUCUUGGUUGGAUCAAAGGUACUUAACGUUCAAGUUCCGUUUGUAUUCAAGUAUUUAGUAGAUUGGUUAAAUGAACCAAACCACUAUCUAAAUUUGGAAAAUGCACCAGCUACCAUAUUGACUGUGGCAACGACCCUGGUUCUAGGGUAUGGACUAGCCAGGGCUGGUUCUGCUGGUCUCAAUGAACUACGCAAUGCUGUGUUUGCCAAGGUUGCCCAGAACUCCAUUCGAAGGGUGGCCAAGAACGUGUUUUUACAUCUGCAUAACAUGGAUCUCAGCUUUCACCUGUCACGGCAAACGGGUGGUCUAUCUAAAGCUAUCGACAGGGGUGUAAGGGGUAUUAAUUUUGUUCUGACUGCUUUGGUGUUUAACAUAGUCCCAACAAUAUUUGAAGUAUCACUUGUCACCAGUAUUAUGUACUACAAAUGUGGAGGCAUGUUUGCCUUGGUUACACUGGGGUGCAUUGGAUCAUAUGCAGCUUUCACAUUGCUGAUAACACAGUGGAGGACAAAAUUCCGAGUGGACAUGAAUAAAGCUGAUAGUGAGGGAGGCAACAUGGCUAUUGAUUCACUCAUUAACUACGAGACUGUCAAGUAUUUCAACAAUGAGAUAUAUGAAGUGAAGAAGUAUGACAACAUACUGAAGAAGUACGAACACGCCUCACUGAAGACCACCACGAGUCUGGCGCUGCUCAACUUCGGUCAGAACGCAAUCUUCAGUGUGGGCUUGACUUCCAUCAUGUUCUUGGCCAGUCAAAAUAUCAUGGCAGGUUCGAUGUCAGUUGGUGAUUUAGUGUUGGUGAAUGGUCUGAUCUUCCAGCUGUCUUUGCCCCUGAAUUUCCUCGGUUCCGUGUAUCGAGAAGUCCGCCAGUCUUUGAUCGACAUGCAGGCCAUGUUUGGUCUCCUGGCACUCGAGUCAGCAAUUAAAACUGAACCUAAUGCACCAGUACUGAGUGUUUCCCCGCAAGAAUCGGUGAUAACGUUCAAAGAUGUGUACUUUGAAUAUGUCCCGGGUCAGAAGAUUCUCAACGGACUGUCUUUCACUGUGCCCUCUGGGAAGAAAGUGGCUAUUGUUGGAGGCAGUGGAUCGGGGAAGUCUACCAUUGUACGUCUGUUGUUUCGGUUUUUUGAUCCGAUGAGGGGAGAAAUCCAGAUCAAUGGUCAAGAUAUUGAGACUGUGGAUCUUGAGAGUUUGAGAAGAGCUAUUGGCGUUGUACCUCAGGACUGUGUGUUGUUUCAUGACACCGUAUACAAUAACAUCCACUACGGAAAUCUGUCUAGCCCUGAGCAACAAGUGUACGAGGCAGCUAAAAUGGCGGAAAUCCAUGACACAAUCAUUCAUCGAUUCCCCAUGCAGUACAACACACAGGUUGGAGAGAGAGGAUUGAAACUUUCGGGUGGAGAGAAGCAGCGGGUGGCUAUUGCUCGAACCAUUCUAAAGAAUCCACCGAUAAUAGUGUAUGAUGAGGCAACAUCCAGUCUGGACAGCAUUACUGAACAGAACAUCAUGGGAGCUCUUGGAAGUGUCACUAAAGGCCGCACAACCAUUGUGAUAGCUCACCGACUUUCGACUGUGGUGGAUGCAGACGAAAUCCUCGUGCUGGAAAACGGAGCUGUAGCAGAACGUGGAACCCAUUCCAGCCUUUUGACCCAAAGUGACAGUCUGUAUUACGAGUUGUGGCACAAACAGAAUUUCUCCACUUUCUCAGAGUUGUCAGAACACAUGGAAGAGGAGAAAGAGAGAUAAAAAAAAACCCAAAACAUUUGUGGGCUAAAGGACUGAAUUAUUGAAUUAUUAUUUUUACCACGACUGCAGUAUGUGAUAUGUAUUUAUUCUUAGGGUAAAAUGAUAAAUGUUGAGACAUAAUCUGUAUUUGUAAUAUAUCUGUGAUGCACUGGAUUAUUUCAACUAAUACAUUAUAUAUAUAUAUGGAUUCAAAGAAGAAAUGAAGAGACGAAAUGCAAGAAAGUCUGUCUAACAUACAUUAACUACUCUGUCUGUGCAUGGCAAGUUUGAAGAGCUGUGCUAAUGAAUUAUUUAAUGCAGAUGUGUAUUUUUUAAAAAGGCAUUUGUAUCUUCUAAACCUUCCCCUGAGAAAUACCUAAUAAUUAUGUCAACUUUAUUGUGAAAAAAUGCAUCAUUUACUAAAAAUAUUAUUGUUCUGAAAAUACUAUCUGCCUCUUGUUAAUCUGUCCCAGCAACCUUUUUCUUUAUUUCUAAAAUUUGGCUUUUAUCUCAUUAAUAGGGCUCGCCCUGGAAUGAAUUUUAGUCAAUUUUCAGACAUGAUGAGUAUUUCCCUAAAAAUUGUUUAAAAUGUGGUUAAUUUAAUGAAUAUUUUAUUAGCCACAGGCUAAAUGUUGUAGCCAUUUUGUAGUAAAAUUAGCAAUUGGCUAAUAUGGCAAUGGACAGGGUGAGCCACAAUUAAAUCCAACUCUAUACGGCCAUCUUUUUUUCUGUUAACUGGAAUACAUUCAAGUUUCAGAGUCUCAUGCAUGGUAUAUCAUGUUAGUUUAAAAUUUCCCAUGUUGAAUAACUAAUCAUGAUCCGAUUUACGAUUGUCAUAAUUAAACAAUAACAAUCUGUGAACAGAGACGAUCCACAUUAAUUUGUAUCUGGUUAUCAUACAUACAGGACUUUUAACCACAUAUUUUGAUAUUGUUAGUUUUAGUAUAACCAAGUAUUGUGUCAUUUUACAUGCAUUAAAGCUACAAUCUCACGGCUACAUCCUAACAAGCAAUUUAGUAAUUUAAGGUUUUUCUUUUCAUAUAUCAUCUUUUCAGUUGUAUGUGGACUUAUUUUUGAAAUAUUACUAGUAUAUUAUACAAACACGGGGCUUUUAGAUCUCACUAAUUUGGAUGCAAAAGAUUUUUUGUCUGUUCUGAGAACAGCAAGCUCUUUUUAGCAUAAUGUUAUUAACAACUGCUGAAUGGUUGUAGAUACUCAGAAAUGUAUUUCACGUUAUAUUAUUCUAAUUCAAGCAUAACAUUUCAGUUUGAUGUAAAAUGUAUCGAGUUCAGUAUGUUUAUAUUUAAUUUGAUCAUGUUUAUGUGGGGUAUAUUUGGGUAUACAGUACUUGUUUUUGGCACACGGUUUAUCAUCUUAAUUAGCCUGUGCCAAAAAGCCCUAAAAUAUCAAUACCAUAAAUUGGACAUCCAUCUCAUUUUAAUUGCAAUUUUAAAAAUAUACUAUUUUGAUCAUAAAUUGUUUAAUUUUUUAUAAUAUUUACUAGAUGUGAAAAUACAAAUGACUAGUUUUAUUAAACUUGUGCACUUUUGCUACCAACAGGUAUUAUCAACAACCUACAGUCACAAAUCUUUGCGCCAUUUUUAACAUUAAAACGGGUUAACAUUUGCAAUAUUUGUAACGGUUAUUAUGGAUGCUACAUGAUAGAUUAAUAAAUUAAGAUUUUUCUCCAUCCAGUUUUCAGGGCUAGCUCUGGGUGAGCAAAAUGUUUCGCCAAAUUGUCUAUUAAACUUCAAAAAUUGCAGAAAUCGUCGGUUACUUUCUAACAAAUUUAAAUUUUUACAUGAAAUUAUUUCGCCAAAUUAAUAUAAAAUUCGCCAACUACUUUCAAAAUUCACAUUUGGCAAAUUUGGCGAGUGCCAGAGCUAGCCCUGAGUUUUGCACCAUGGUAUUCUGUGGUUCAGAAAAUUCACACUGAAAAGUACGUUGGUUUCAUCAGUGUAGUCAGGAUGUUAUAUGGGGGGUCACCCACAUUAUGUAUGAAUUCUGUUAUGGGAUGAUUGGCAAAUAUAGAUAGGGGUGUGUGUGUGAUUGGCCCCAUCCUCCCCACCCCCAAUACACCUGUGGUCAGUUUCAGAAGUGUGUUGUCAGAAUGGAAAGUUUUUUAUCUUCCUAAUGCUUGUAGUAGUUCAAAGUUAAUUUUAUUUCCUAAUAUGUUUUUGUUUUUUCAUCUCUCUCUCUCUCUCUCUCUCUCUAUAUAUAUAUAUAUAUAGAGAGAGAAAGACAGACAGACACACACACAAAAUUAUUGUGAAAAACUCCAGUUUGGGCUACUACAAACAUUAAGAGACCAGAAAUGCACUGAAUCUACAGGUACUGAUGUUCUUGAAACAAAAAAGAAAAAGAAGUUUGACACUAGAGCACAUUGAUUUAUUAAUCAUUGGCUAUUGGAUGUCAAACAUUUGGUAAUUUUAACAUAGUCUUAAAAAGGAAAACCCGCUACAU